UUCUUAGGGUGAUUAAAUCAAUUAUUCUAGAGGUAGGUCUAUUGUUUUGGGGGUAGUUGCACGGAGUACGGAUAGUUAUUGUUUAAGUUGUUUAAGUUGUCCUACUGGAUGAAUACAGGACUCAUAUAUUGCAAUACUUAUCGAUUAACCAUGCUUGUAUUCGCUAUCUUGCAAUGUCCUUGUGUUCCAAUUAGUAUGUCUAAUCAUUUGUUGAAAUUAUUUCGUUAUUUAAAAUGCCAAUGUUGAUCCAAUAAUGUCUCAAAACCUUACUGCCAAUAAAUCUAAAUUAUAAUUGUUCUGGGUCAAAUUAUUUUGAUAACUUCACCUAAAUUUCUCCCUCUUCUUCUAUCUAAACCUGAUGUCGUCUGUCCUUUUCAUUUCCCAGUGUUUUUCCCUUCCCGUGUUAAUUUUUGAGGUGCAAUUUUAUUCCUACUUUGUAUGUUACUAUGCAUAUAACUGUAUUUCAAUUUUAAAUGUAUUGUAUUCUAAUGUAAUUAAUAUAUUUUUUUUGUAAUUUCAAUUUGUUUCAGUCUUUGGCUGCUAUUUGGAAUGCAUGUUUCAAAAAAGUAAUAAAGAAAGUUCAAUUAAUCAAUCACUCAAUUGGCGCCUCCUUUCUCACGUGUCAAUGUUGUGAGGAGGUGGUAGUCCAGAGGGAACACUAUACAGUCCUCAAAUUGCAAACAUAAGUGAAGUUUUAUCCCUACUAUUGGUCUUCAAAACUCAUGUUCGGUCUUUACGAAACCUUCUUACCCUACACAGCAAGUUACCCCUGAUAUGCAGGCCACGUCUCAUCCCACCCAGCCCGGAGUUCCGGGCCAGACUGUCUACGUCCACCAGCCCGCUCCAGUCAGCUAUGCCAAUACGGUGCAGAACCCUAACUCGACGAGUGGCGUGUCGCAGAAGUUUAACGGAUCUGCCGGGAGAGCGACUGGUUUGCUACAUUUGUCCCUCAGCAUCGGGAGCAUCGUCGUCGCCAUUACCGAGUUUGUUAUUGGCACCCCAGCAGGCUAUGUUGCCAUGGGAAUUUGGGCAAGUGUUCUGUUCUACAUUCCUACCGGUAUCUUAGGAAUAUGUUCAAAGCAGAAGAACACUUGCGUGAUCAUCGGCUAUCUUACGAUGUGUAUCAUCACAGCAAAUGUUGCCUUUGCUCAAAUGAUUGUUGGUGCCAUUGGGGCAGUAUUGACCAGUAACUAUCCCUAUUACUAUAACUAUGGCGACAGUGGUCGAGGAAUAGUGUAUGGUUUAUUCUUGAUAGACAAAGUUCCUAUCAGAACAUUACUGAUCUAUCUCUAUGAUUCUUUAGAUUAA